AUGGAACCUUCGCUGCUGGUGGACACUCUUGCAGAUCUCUUUCCACACAAGUCAAGAAGUGAGCUAUUUGGAAGGUUAGUCAGCUGCGAUCGAAUCGACGUUGUGAUCGACGACUUGAUCCAAGAACAAGAGCACGCAUCCAGUGUGGUAUCCUCAGAGAUAAGGCAAUUACAGCUGUUAUUUCCAGGAACGGAUUCAAGAAAGUUAGAGCGAGUGCUCAAGGAGAAUGAGAAUGACGUGGAACUGGCAAUUGAAGCGAUCAUGCUGAAGGACGCCUCUGUGAAUGAGUUGGGGGUAGUCACGGGUUUACUGGAAGCUGUCCUAGAGCCCUAUUUGCAAAAUAAUCCCUGCCGAAUGCUGGCAUUGGCAGAUAUCAUGUGCAACUAUAGGAAAAAGAAGAAGGUAAAGCGAUCUCGUGUUCAAGAUUCUCGCAAUGCCUCCUCGAUGAGCAUUGUGGAAGACCAGAGGCAAUCUUUUGACGAAUCUGGACAAGAGAUAUCUGAGCUAAGGCAACUGGUACAUGAACAUCAGCCUUUACAGCAACUUAAUUUUGCAUUUCUCAUCAAAUGUCUCGAAUUUUUCGAGGGAGCCAUGGAUAGAGUGCUACGAGUGGGAUACAUGUUUGUGGAUCACGAUGUUGUUCAACUAACCUACGAUAGAAGUUUGAAUCUUCAUGUUGCCUUCAAGCCGGAAUUGAAGGCCGCUGAAGUUCUCAAACAAGUUAAACUACCGCAAAAGUCGUGGAACCUAACUCCUAGUGCUUCGACAAGACUGCAGAAACCCACAUCUGAUGAGAUAAGAGACAAGGCACGCCCAGUCCUUCAUUCGGCUUCAGUUGAUCUUCAUGGCCUUACGGUUGGUGAGGCCGUGGAUUUAGCGAAACAAAGGGUAAUCCAGUGGUGGGCACAAGAGACCGAGGAGAGACAAGCACAUGGAAUUUUGUCGAGGUUUGGAUCCAAAGCUCAGUUCGUUGAUCUGCUUGAUGUGAUUGUAGGUAGAGGGCUUCAUUCUUCGGGCGGCCCUAAACUUCGCAAGCCAGUGAUGAAGAUGCUUGAUUCGAACAAUUUUAUCUACAAAGAGGAGAUCGGCCGGUUUUCAGUGGUAGGAAAACGUACCUAG